CCUAGCCCCGCCUCUGGGCGGGACCUGAGCGGAGCGGCUUCCGCUUUCCACUUUCCUGCCUGGCGCUCAUCCAUGUACACAGAUAUAAAAUUUAACCCCCUCCAAAGCAUAUGGUCAAAUCGAAGAAGAAAUAACCAACAAUCAUCUGAGUUGUGAUAGACUCACUGAUAGUGCCAGGGGAAAAUUAGAGAUCACUACUCUAACAUAAGCCCCAGCUUGCUGCAGAGAUGCUCGACAUAAAGGCUUGGGCGGAGUAUGUCGUGGAGUGGGCUGCAAAGGACCCGUAUGGCUUCCUUACCACAGUUGUCCUGGCGCUCACGCCACUGUUCCUAGCUAGUGCUGUGCUGUCCUGGAAGUUGGCCAAGAUGAUUGAAGCCAGAGAAAAGGAGCAGAAGAAGAAACAAAAACGGCAAGAAAACAUCGCCAAAGCGAAACGACUGAAGAAGGAUUGAAGGGGUGAACGGACUGCAGCUAGAGAACACCCCUCUGGGAAAUCUGAGGUUGGGAAGGACUCAGCUUCCAGUCAGUUCCUGAUAGUAUUAUUUAGUAAAUUAAAUCUGACUGUACAGAGAAGUCAUGUUCUGACCUCAGUUAACUAUAAGUCAAUCCUACAGUAACUUUUAGGCUUGGAAAUAAAAGUUUGUUGGUAUCUACUGGCAAGUAUUUAAGCUAGCAUUUAUCAUACAGGUGGAGCAUACCUAAUGUGAAAAUUCAAAGCUCAAAGCACUGUAAAAUCUAACACCUGUGCUCAGCCUCGAUGCCAGGAGCGGAAAGGCCCACAGCCCACUUCGGGAUGGGUUGCAGUCAAAAUACAGGUGUGCUAAAAAAAUACAUGAAGUUAUCUUCACGCCAUGAAAAAUACAAGCAGACCUUGUGUUUAGAAUUGGAUCCCAUCCUCAAGGUAUUAUGAAAUACUUUAAAAUCUGAAAGAAAAAAAAUUAAAACAUUCCAGGUUCGAAGCGUUUUUGUCUUUUCAACCUGUAAUAAAAAGUCUUUAAACUGACAUUUGCCAUUUUGGAGCUUAAAGUACUCAAGUGAAAAGUGAUGAGAAAAUGGUUUUAGAUUAUGAAUGCUAUUUAAAUGGUAGUUUAAAUGGGCUUCAGUUCUGGAUAGAGGAUAUUAGGAAUGUAAAAGAAUUAAUCUUCUGAGGUGAAAAGUUUACUUUGGCUUAAAAAGAGAUACAGUAUAUUAAUCACUUUUUCAAAAUCAUGACUGCUUAUUUUUUGGAAUGGAAGCAUUACUUUCUCAGAUGAAAAUUUUAUUAAUGAGUAUGGCUAUUUUCAUUCUUCUGACUUUAGCUUUUAACACAGCUAGUAAUUAUCAAGAUACUGCAUUUUAAAAGCUAACUUUAUACAGGAUUCUUAUUACCUCGACCAUGUUCAGUACCGCCUACUGGAGAGAAUAACUUCUGCACUCUGAACACUGCCAUGUGCUUAACUGUGUUGCUAAGAGUAACAGACUGCAGAGCCGCAGUGCAGAAGCCUCGUGCUGUUGAUGCUUUGGGUUCUGUCUUAAAUGUGAAACUGUUAAAUGCCACCAGAUGAUUAACUGAUUACAGACACUGCUUUUGUUUUUAUUGUUCAUAACCAAUACAGUAAUGAUGUCCUGUUACUCUUUACUUAACAUAGGUUCAAAGUGAAAAAUCAAAAUUUCAAGUUUACGAAGUCAUACUUCAUAAUUUAAGCCAGUAAAGGUUUAAUUUUGGAAACAUGAUUUUGUGGGUGUAACAGUGGUUACAGGGACUGCAAUAAAAUGGCAGAAGUACAAAGCUGGGGACCUUCCAGUGGCAAUACACACUUGGCUUUUCUAAAUGCAUGGUUGAGCAGCAUUCACUGCAGGAUUGAACUGCUUAUUACUGUUUUCUGCAGCUCUGAUAAUUUUAAGUUACAAUAAUUGUCAGUUUUAAUGAAACUAAAUAUUGAAAUAAAUUUGAUACCUUUUUAUAAAGAGGUCCUGAUUUUUUGUCUUUUGGAGGGAGGAGUAUUUAAAUUACAUAUGUUGUCAAGUUAAUGUUUCAAAAAGAUGAUGAAUUUCAGUCAGAUAAAUGUGCUAGAAUUAGGAUAGUUUCUCAAAACAAGUCACGGACUCCUGAGAAAGCUGAUAGACCAGCUGUUUUCUUUAGGUUAUUAGCUCCUGGUCCCAGCUCCAGGCACUAAAAUAAUUCAGCAUUUAUGUCAGUCAGCUGGUCUCGGUUGUAUUAUAUUUAUGUAAUAAGGUAUUACACCAUCAAAAUUAAAACGAAACUUGCUUAUAAAGAACCACUGGCCUCCAUAUAUCUUCAGAACCCACAGUUUGGAUGUGACUUAUUUCACAGAAAGUUUCAGUAUAUUUUGUUUAUGGCCAUAUUUAGUGUAGUGUCCAAAUAUUGAAGCAAAAGAUACAGUACUUCUCAUUCAGUAAUGUAAAGGUAUGUAUUUCACUAAAAGUGUUGUUUCUUAAUAUACCUUAAUGACUUAAUGUGGCAA